AUGAAGCAGAGGGAAGAGAAGGAUGACGGUGCAAACGACGAUGGAGCUAUUGAAGUGCUGUGGCAACGAAACAUUCCGCUUUUUACUGUGCGCCAGACAGCACUCGAAAAAAUUUACAACUCAUCAGACAUGCGCACUAUUCUCAAGUCUCUUCGUCACCCUAGCACUAGCUCAAGUGCUGGUACUGCUCCCAUGGUAACGACUCCAUUGUUGGGCGAUUCCAAAGGGCAGGUAUCCAAGGCGGAGUACGGUCACAAGUCGCAGGGCGAAGACAUUGUGGGGCAGGAUUUGGACGGCGUUCGUGGAAUCAAGUCUUACUUACGAAAAUCCUUGCUUCUCGAUGUCGAGAAAGGAGAAACUCGCUUCCAUGGCUGCACUAAGGAAGGCGGUCCAUGCUUGGAUGAAGACGAAGCAAGACGCAUGUGGUAUACACCAGUCUAUUGUCCUCAUCCAAUUGAUUUUUCCAAUUUAGGGUAUCGUUUACGAUGUGUUGAGACAGGGAGACGACCACGACUUAUGAUUUGUAUUACCAUGUACAAUGAAGGUCCACAGCAACUUAAAGCGACCUUGGAGAAACUUGCCAAUAAUUUGGCAUAUAUGAAGGAGCAGCAGACCGAAUGUGAAAAGAUUUUAUCAGGAGCAUUUGUAGGUGAUGAAAUAUGGCGUAAUGUAUUGGUCUGUAUUGUCGCUGAUGGACGCGAACAGGUGAAUGACAAGAUGCUCAAUUACUUGGAAGCUAUUGGACUCUAUGACGAAGACCUUUUGACCAUCAAUAGUGCUGGUAUUGGAGCACAAUGCCACUUGUUUGAACAUACACUGCAGCUUUCGGUAAAUGGCAAGAGUAUGUUGCCUAUCCAGACACUAUUUGCACUGAAGGAAAACAAAUCCAGCAAACUUGAGUCGCAUCAUUGGUACUUUAACGCAUUUGCAGAGCAGAUCCAACCGGAGUAUACAGCGGUGAUGGAUGUCGGCACCAUGCUGACCAAGUCGGCGCUUUAUCACUUGCUCUUAGCCUUUGAGCGCAACCAUCAGAUUGGAGGAGCUUGUGGACAACUUACGGUAGACCAACCGUUUGACAAUUUGAACAACUGGGUUGUCUCGGCGCAACAUUUCGAGUACAAGAUCUCCAACAUCCUUGACAAGUCGUUGGAGAGCUGUUUUGGGUUUAUCAGCGUCCUGCCUGGUGCUUUUUCGGCCUACCGCUACGAAGCCAUCCGCGGAGCACCAUUGGAUGCGUACUUUCAGACUCUCAACAUUGAUUUGGACGUGCUUGGGCCUUUUAUUGGCAACAUGUAUCUUGCAGAGGAUCGGAUUCUGUCAUUGGAAGUCGUAGCACGCAAGAACUGCAAAUGGACCAUGCAUUACGUCAAGGACGCUGUGGCUCGGACGGAUGUUCCGCACAAUCUUGUUGGUCUCAUUUCGCAGCGUAAGCGCUGGCUGAACGGUGCGUUUUUCGCCACACUGUUCAACAUUUGGAACUGGGGUCGCAUUUACUCCGAGAGCUCGCACUCGUUUUGGCGAAAGCUGGCGUUCCUGUUCUUUUUCCUCUAUCACCUGUUCUGUACGGUGUUCGGCUUCUUCUUGCCUGUGAAUUUGUACCUGGCACUCUACUUCAUUGUGUUCCAAGGUUUUCAGCAAAAUCGUCUCGGGUUUGUUGACACUUCGGAAUAUUCACAAACUGUGUUGGACUGUGCUGUGUACUUCUACAACUUCGUGUAUCUCUUCGGGCUCCUGACGCUGAUCAUUAUUGGUUUGGGCAACAAUUUGAAGCGCAUGAAAAGCAUGUACUCUUUUGUGAGCGCCUUGUCCGGCGUUAUGGCGAUACUCUUGUCGAAUGUAUGCGUCGGCGUAUUCUUCUCGUCGCCACUUACCUUUAAAUCAAUCGUGCUUGCGAUCCUUAUUGUCGGCGUGUAUAUUCUUGGUCCAGCUCUUCACGGCGAGGUACACCAUAUUUUCAUGACAUGCACGCACUACAUGGCAUUGGCCCCGAGCUUUAUCAACAUGUUCACAAUCUACUCAUUCUGCAACCUUCAUAACUUGUCGUGGGGCACGAAAGGUUUGUGCGAUGAUCCGAUGCUUGCUGUUGUGAAUGAGACUGGCGUGAUAAUCAAGCGAUGUGCGAUGGAAGAAGGCCAUUAUGAGAAGACGCGCGCCAUGAACAGGAAGAUUUUUGCAACUUUCCGCACCAAUGUUCUCCUCACAUGGGCAAUUUCCAACCUUAUCUUCGCACUCUUCAUUGUGUACUUCGCAAGUUCAUCGACUUAUAUGCCCAUGCUGUACAUCUUUGUUGCCAGCAUGAACUUGUGUCGACUGCUGGGAUGCAUCGGUCAUUGGAUCUACAUUCACACAGCUGAUCUCCGUAAUCGCGUUUUUGGCAAGACAGAAUCUGGCAACGGUCUCAACUCGUACGUACAGCUCGAUGAGCACUACGCCAUUGCAGAGGACGAGGCCACGUCCUCUGGAAUGGCGUAG